GUAUCAGGACAGGGAGCUUGACAUGGGCAUACGCUUGGGAGCAUUACGGAUGUACAGAUCCCACCUCGUCGACCAAUACAGCGAUCGCUGCUGCUUUUGGAGUUUGCGUGAUCUGUCCUGUGAUUUGAUGAGCAGAACGGUCACCGUCGUCACAGACGGUGCGGACCAGGCCAAAUACAUGGUACCACGCUCACCAACACUGAAGACAGCGUACCGUUCUGCGAAGUAUAUUCGACCUAAAUUGAAAGUACAUGGGGCAUGGGCCGCAGGGUGGGCUUUGACAAUCAUUAUUGUGGAAGAAAACAGCUAUGCCGGAUCCAGCUUAGUCAUUGAGCUGCUCGCCAUGCUGCUGCAGGACAUUGCGAAUAUUUGUGAGGAGUCAAAUCGGGCGUCCCCCACCACCCUCGUGGUGGUGGGGGACAACACGGUCAAAGAACUUAAGAACACGUUCUGCUUGUCAGCAAUUGCUAAUCUUUGCAAUCACAACAAGUAUAGGAGUCUUUGCUGGGUUGAAAUACUGUUUUGUUUGCUCUCCCUCUCUCUCUCUCAUACUUUUUGGUUAUUCAUGUGA